CCCAGUCUGCACAGUAGCAGCAGCGGGGGAGGCUGCAUCUUUUUGGCACAUGAGCGCCAGUCAGGGAUUAUCAUUCCGGGAAAACAUCAAUCACGCUGCACAAGAGGAGCAACACCCAGCACGUGAGGAUAAAUUGUAUAGGCAGCGAUAGAUAAGAGUAUCCUUGAAAUUUCAUGAGUGUACUGAGCAAUUACCUACUCCUGUGUAUUGCAUCUGUCAGUGCAAGAAAUCAUCUGGUUUUACAGUACAGGAUCCUCUGUUGUAAGGGGACAUCCUAGAGUAGAAUUGGGGAGGAUCGUUGGGUUAAAUUCAGAGAUCAACAAAUAACAUAUAUGCAUGGGACCCUCUGGUGUGUAUAGCACUACCCCAGAGCAAAGGAAUAUUUUAUACUUUGAUAAAGGAAAAGGUCAUCGGAAGGCAUCGCCAGUAGCCUACAAUAGAGGAUCUUAUGGGAACAUAUGACAUUCAGUACGGGACACUGAAAAUACCAACACAUCCCUGAAUUAAGGAUAUCUGAGCCACAGCCAAUAAGGCAUUUUUUAUGGAAAUCCUCCUCCUUGUGCUUAGUGAGCCCCAUCUCCAGAUGCUCCAGUGUGAAUCCAGUAUAUAGCCACUGCUCAAGUGUUACUGCAUUGUCUGGCAGCCUGGCCCUGUGCUUUGUUCUCUUUGUAGCCUCAGCCCUAAUUUCCAUGUAGAAGGAUCUUUUUCCAGGGCAUGUCCAGUUUCAACCAUUCUGCAUUAUAUCUAUUGAGGGCUUCUAUGUGGCCCUGCUGUCAGGUGAAUGCACAGUUUCAUGCUUCCAUCUGCAGAGUGGCUAUCUGGGAUCUCUGCCCCACACUGUGAGAUACCAUCACAAGCACAGCCCUGAGACUUCUGGGCACUGCCUGCGGAACCGUGUAUGUGGCUUCCCAUAACGGUAUUUCCUUCUCCUGACUCUUCCAUAUCUUUUGACAUCUCCUCGUACCCUCCUCACUGACAACAUGGAACGGCUACACUGGUGCUGGUGGUGGCAACUUGGAAUUCUGUGCCUUGUGCCUUGGGCGGCUGGUGACAAUGUGGGCAAACCCAAAAGCUGUACAGAGGUGAAGCAGGUGUACAGUGCAAAGGGUUAUAGCCUGAGUGGGGUUCCACAGUCAGAAAUAUCUGGGGAACACCUACGGAUCUGCACACAAGGAUACACUUGCUGCACCUCAGAAAUGGAAGAAAAGUUUGCCAAUACUAGCAAAGUGGAGUUUGAAGACACAUUGAAGAUAUCCAGUCUAUCAGUUCAGGGAGUGCUUAUAUUACAGCACAGAAACUUUGACAGUUACUUCCAAGACUUGCUAAAUAAGUCAGAGAAGGUGCUUCAGGAAACAUUUCCGAGCCUAUAUGGGGACAUUUAUAUCCAAAAUGGAAAGAUUUUCAAAGACUUGUACUCGGAGCUACGUCAGUAUUAUCGCGGGUCUGGAAUUAAUCUGGAGGAAGCAUUGACUGAUUUCUGGAGCCGCCUUCUGGAGCGAGUGUUUAAGACACAAAAUUCACAAUUCACUUUCUCAGACGAGUAUCUGGACUGCUUGGUCAAGCAAUAUGAACAACUGAAGCCAUUUGGAGACAUCCCGCGAGAGAUGAAGCUAAAGGCGACCAGGGCAUUUAUUGCUGCUCGAUCCUUUGUGCAGGGUCUGAGUGCUGCUGCUGACAUUGUCAAGAAAGUCACUCAGGUUCCCAUGAGCCAUGAAUGUACACGCGCAAUCAUGAAACUGAUGUACUGUCCACAUUGUCGUGGCUUCUCCAGCACAAAAAUAUGUUAUAACUACUGCUGGAAUGUUAUGCACGGCUGUCUGGCCAAUCAGGCUGAUCUCGACUCAGAAUGGAGAAAUCUUAUUGAGUCGCUGCUUCUGGUGGCAGAUAAGUUUAAUGGCGCUUCCGGUUUAGAGAGUAUCGUGGCAGCAAUACACAUAAAGAUCUCAGAGGCAAUAACUCACAUGCAAGAGAACAAAGAAGUGAUAACAAAUAAGGUAUUUAAAAGCUGUGGAAAUCCAAAAAAGACCAAUAAAGGUGCAAAAACAGAGGAGAGGAGGCGGAAAGGAAAAGCUGCUCAGGAUGACAAAUCUACAGUUGUAGCCAUGGAUAACCUGGUUUUGGAUGUGAAAGGAAAACUAAAUGACAUUCUAGACUAUUGGGUUUCUCUGCCAAGUAUGUUCUGUAAUGAAAAAAAUACUGCAGGGCCAGUAAAUGAUGACAAGUGCUGGAAUGGAUUAACCAAAGGACAGUACAUGCCCGAACGCAUGGGAAGUGGUCUUGCCAAUCAGAUUAAUAAUCCUGAAGUUGAAGUUGACAUAACAAAACCAGAUAUGAGCAUCCGACAGCAGAUUAUGCAGCUAAAGAUCAUGACAAGUCGCUUACACAAUGCAUACAACGGAAAUGAUGUGGACUUUCAAGACACAAGUGAUGACAUCAGUGGCUCUGGAAGUGGAGACGGAUGCGGCGAGGAAGCAUGUGUCAAAAAGAAUUCCAAGGACUCUCGCACUGGCACUGUACAGAUAGCAACACAUGCAAUACCCAAUCCUCCUGGAAAUGAUGCGUCAGGGAAGGGCACAAUGCUUCAGUCUAGCAGUUUUAUGCUUCUUGUGGCCAUCCUUGUGGUACAGUGUGCCAGAUGGUAACUAGUGAAUUGUUGUAAUAAAGGGAAUGCUGUUUUAUUUGCCCAAAAUAAACUUGAUCGUCAAGUGGAAAGGAGAUGAUUUGCCAGAGUUUGUCCCUAUAUCACUGUGCUCUUCUACAGACUGUACCUGCCUCUGUACCUCUAGUUUUUUUUGUAAUUGAGUGCAUUUCAUUUUGCAAUACAGAUAAACCAUGUCUGGCUGUUUUUUUAUUUUCUCCUUGGUUAAUAGGACACCGUCUUAAGCGAUGUAAAUCUCACUAAUAUCGGGUGAAUUUGUUUUUUUUAAAGAUUAAAUAUUUGAGAUUAAAAUAUUUAUUAGUUUUAAGUAUAUAAAAUACUAACUGAAAAGUGGUUACGAGCAAGUUAUGCAAUUUUCUUUGUGUUUCUAUAUAAAGCAUUUUUUUUUUUAAUUUGUUGGAAGUUCUCUAGUGUCCAUUGAUAAAGCACUGGGUAAACUACUGUCGCGUGGAUUCACACCUCGGCCUUGUCAUCAGAAUGUGCACUUUUUAGUGUGACAAAAGCUGGAUUUUUGUGCAUUAUUUUCUAUUGCAACCCUUUCUACUCAUCCAUCGAUUGCCAAAGACUGAGUUGAGUAGAACAAUGGUCUUUGUUUAGGAUCAAGUAGUUAGUCUUUGUUCUCUAUAAGAUCAAUAUGGAUUUUUUGUUUUUUUUCUUUAAUUAUCUUUAUUCAUUGGAACAUCUACAGAGAUAUUUUAUAAGCAGUAAACGAAUUGUAUAUACCAACAUUUCAUGUGACAAAGUACCUGUAAGGUUCUGAUCUAUAUUAAACAUUUCUUAAUUAAUUUUAUAUAUAUAUAUAUAUAUAUAUAUAUAUAUAUAUAUAUAUAUAUAUAUUUCCAUUAUAGUGACAGAUUAACAGAACUGUUGCCUCUCCUAUAUCGCUUGCACUACACAGCCUUAGGUUUAAUCAAGUUGUACUUUUCAAAAUAUGUUUUUACAUUUACUCAAAGGGACAUAGAAAUAUUUAAUGUACUUAAAAUGGCAUGUUUUAAAUAUUUCAAAAGGUUUUUGCAUGAAAAUAUGUGCUCCGGAGAUUUCAGAGUUUUGCAGUACAGCUCAACCAUUGUUCAGUUUCAUAAAAGUUUAUAUUAUUCAGCCAAUCGGGUAGCAGAACAACAGUAUACAGUGUAUGGCAUUUAACAAAGUGAGCGCUCAAGAGGAACAAUGUUUGCAAACAUUUUUUGUGCUGCAACAUAACCAGUGACAUUUUUAGAGAAGAAAACAAUUAUUUCCAAUUUAAAAAACAAACAAAUCUUUUGUAAUGUUUUAAACAUGCUCUUUUUAAUGUAUGGGAAACAAUGAAGAUUUGACUCCCAGUGCUCUUUAAAUCAAGCCUUGCAAUAGUAUCAAGAGAAAUAAAUAUCAUUUUAAUAAAAAUUAAAAAUAUGUGAUGUAUCAGAAAAAUAAUGUGAUAAUGAUUUAGGUACCAAUUCAUUAAGCUCUGUGUGUCAUAUACCAUUACACAAUCAUCAAUAAAGGGAAAUUAAACACUAAA